ACAGACAGGUGAGCUACAGACAGGUGAGGUACAGACAGGUUCCUCGGCGCUGUCACUGCAGGAACAGAUCAGGAUUAUCUAAUCCAAUCUGUUCACUUCGUUACUAGAGCCAGCAGAACAUGCAGGCUGGUUCUGAAGGGUCCUGGUAGGAACCUCUGGACCAAUCAGAACCUCUGAUCUUUAAGUUCUUCAUAUGUGAGAAUCUGAGAUUAUAAUCUGGAUUGAAUGAAGGGAAUUUGAAAUCUGGUUUCUGAUUUUAGUUUCUUCACGCUGCAGCGUUUGGACCAGCUCACGGUUUAAACCGCAUUUUGUUCCGGUAACCGGAAGUAGUGUGACGUCGGCUCCGCCGCGGACGGGAUCUCCUUGGAAACGGAGAGAGACACCCCCCACCCCCUCCCCGUGUCCGCCCCCAUCCUCUCGCCAGGGAUGGAUGGUGCUGAGCUCCGCCGCCCGCUCUCCCAGUAACAACCAGAGAGUGACUGGGCCGGUUCCAGUGAGCAGAUGUUCCCCGGCAGGAUGACUCUGAGCCCGCCCGGACCGCCCGGCGGGCCGCCGGAGGAGCUGCAGGAGCUGGCCUUCAUCGAGCGGCCGAUCCGCAGGAGCCUGAAGACAGCGGAGGAGAUCGAUCAGCUGACUGUGGAUGAAGACCUGAAUGACGUGGAGCGAGCCGUUUACCUGCUCAGCGUGGGUCAGGAGGUCCAGAGAGCCAGUGUCAUCAGCAACCUGCCGAGUCUCGUCCGCCAGAACCCAGCUGAGACUUUCCGUCGAGUUGUACCAAAAGUUCGGGAGGUCUUGAAUGGAGCUGGUGCUGAGAUCCAGCUGGCAGCAGCGACUUCAUUUUUAACCAUCCUGCAGGACGACAUCAUCCUGAUCCACACACACACCUACUCCAUCCUGAAGACGGUGCUGCUCCACCUGAACCACCGGGACACAGUGGUGAGCAGCGCCUGGUUGGAGACUCUGCUGUCGGCCAUCAACGCUCUGCCCAAAGAGACCAUCAAACAGGAGGUGCUGAACCCUCUCCUCUACCAGAGUCAGCUGUCUCACUCCCUUCAGGCUCGACUGGCCGCCUGUCGGAUUCUAGGAAAGGCUUCCUGCAAGUUUGACUCUCUCAUAGUGAAGAAGGAGCUGCUGCCUUUGGCCCGUUCUCUGAGCCGGGACACGGAGUCUGAGGUCCGAGUCUGCAUGUGCCGUCAGCUGGAGAGCAUGGCCAGAGCCAUCGGGAUGGAUGACACCAGAACCGAGCUCCUCCCUGAGCUGCUGGAGCUCGCCGGUGACGAGGAGAGCCGCGUUCGCCUGGCCGCCUUCGACAGCAUCAUCAGCCUGAUGGAGAUGAUGGACGGAGAUGACCGACUUCACCUGCUGGUUCCUCUGGUGAUGUCAGCGUGUGACGUUUCAUCACAGGUGGAUGAAGGCAUCAUGGUGUCGCUGUCGUUCCAGUUUGGGAAGCUCUGCAGCGGACUGGCAGGUUCACUGUCAGAAGAGCAGAAGAGGCUCCUGCUGCAGAAGUUUCAGGUUCUGUGUAUUACUGGACUGCAGACUGAAGAAAACCAGAUGGAUGUUGGCGAGUCCACGCUGAUCCGCUGUAACUGCUGCUACAACCUACCGGCCAUGGUGGCAUUCGUAGACCCCGCCCACUUCCUGUGCGACAUCCAUCCAUCUUUGUCGGGUCUUUGCAGCGACCCAGAGGUCAGCGUUCGCCGAAGUGUAGCAGCCAGCUUCCACCAGGUGGUGAAGCUGCUCGAGUCUAAUGUCCAUGUAGUCCACAAGGAGCUCCUGUUGCUGCUCCAAGACAGUGCUCUAGAGGUUCUGGAUGCGCUGAUGAACCACCUAGAUGAAACUCUGGAGGUGGUCCUCUCUAGAGGAGACAAUCUAAUCCUGGACAACAAGCUCCCAGAGCUGCUGUCGGCGCUGCUGUCGGCCGAACAGAAAGUUGGAUCUUCUCUGCGUUGGCGGCUGCAUGAGAAGCUGCUGCAUCGCUACAGCUGCCUGUCCAGACUGCUGCCCGGAGAGCUGCUGCACCAAACCUUCUCUGCUCGGAUCUUCAUCAUCCUCACCACCAACAAAGUGCUACCGGUACAGAAAGAGGCGGCUCGGACCUUCUGCACGUUCCUGCGCUACAACCGUAAGCAGGAGCAGCGUCAGGAGAUGAUGGAGCGGCUGAUCCAAGAUCUCGCUCAAGGCCGCAGCUACUGGAACCGCCUGAGGUUCCUGGAUGUUUGUGAAAUCGCCACAGAGAUUUUCUCCAGAAAAUACUUCAACAAACAUUUCCUGAUCCCAGCGCUGGAACUCGUCCACGACCCUGUCGCCAACGUCAGGUACAAGCUCUGUCAGCUGUUGCCACGGUUACGGUCGUCCCUCCGCCUGCCAGCUGACAAGCUGCUGCUGCAGAAACUGGAUUUCUGCGUCCAGAAGUUUCUCUGUCGAGAGAAAGACAAAGAUGUCGUGGCCAUGAUCCGCAAGACAGUGUUGGAACUGGACAAACUGGACCUGUCUGAACCUUUUCAUAAGAGACACGAGUGGGACCUGCUGGACCAGAAGAAGGAGAAGGAGGAGAUGCUGCUGCUGGAGAUGCUGGAGCGGCAGCAGAGUGAUGGAAAGCUGAACUCUGACAAACACGAGGAGAGAAAACGAAGAGACAGCAAGACCAGUCUGUCCUCUGCAAAGUCCAUGUCUGUGUCCUCUUCAACAGGAAGCUCGUCCUCUGGUAAAGAGACGAGGAAGGCUAAACUGUCUCGGAGUCGGUCCCUCAGCAGCCAGCCGACUUCGUCCAAACCCGUCAACUCGGACAGGCCUCUGAAGGUCAAAGAUCUCAGUGGUUCUUCGGGUCUUGGGAAAUCCACCAGAGAUGACUCAGUGAGGACCGCCCACUUCACCUUGACAACCCAGUCCACCUCUUCCAUGCCGGUUCUGAUCCGAAGCAAAACAACCAGCCUCCUGGACCAUGCCAGCCUGCUGGAGCAGAGAGAGCACAGAACCAGCACCCUGGACCACAGGACCGGGAACCGGGACCAGCGGAACCACAUGAUGGAGCAUAGAACCAGUUCCCUGGAGGAGCGAGAGCACAGAACCAGCACCCUGGACCAUCGGGACCACAGAACCAGCACCUUGGGUCAGCGCAGCAAGACGAUGGAGCGAGGGAGCGGCAUGAAGGACAGUCAGUCCAGGAAGCUCUCCAUGAACAGGAAGUCCAACUCUCUCCAGUCAGAAUGAGAGUGAAGCUGAUGAUGUCAUCACCUAUACUUGAGUCCAUCAGCCAAUCAGCUGCCUGGAAGCGGUUUCAGGGCGACGCCCAGAAUGCAGCGCGGUGCCAGCAGAACCGGUGGAUGCUGAGCGAUCCUACUGAGCACUGUGUAUU